AUCAGCUUUCCUCUUUGAAGAGAUCGACAGAAAUUCAUCAUGACAGCUGGUGUAAGACAGCUUCUAGGCUUGGCCAUGGCCAGUGUCAGCUUUUUGGGGAGCAUCAUCAUUUGUGUUCUCCCGCAAUGGAGAGUCACAAAAGCCCAGAAUUCAAAUAGUGAUGAUUUUGAUGUGUUAUCUGAGGGUUUGUGGAAGGCUUGUUUGUCCUCCAGCACAUAUGGCUCAAUGACUCAGUGCAGGAUAUAUGGCAGUGAACAUAGACCAAUAACUGAAGACCUGGAGGUUGCCAGAGCGCUCAUCAUCAUUGCCAUCAUUGUUGGGGUCAUCGGGAUCCUGCUUGGUGUUGCUGGGAGCAAAUUCAUCAACUUUGUGCCAGACAAAACAAAAAAGAGCAAAAUGGUCAUGGCUUCUGGAGUUGUUUUCCUCAUUGCAGGGCUCUUUGUACUAAUACCAGUCUGCUGGACCACCAACACCAUCAGUGUUCCACUUCAUGGCUCUCUGAAGAUGGAGUUGGGAGCCUCCGUCUACAUUGGCUGGAUCACCGCAGUGCUACUAUUCCUGGGAGGAGGCUUCCUCUGCAGCUCCUUUCUCUGCACAGAUGGCACUGACUAAAACACUGGUUACUCUUACUCUCUAUUAAAAUAUGGAUCUGUAUGAAUUCAAAUGCAUGUACUUUUAAGUCUGCUCUAAAUUCUGCCUGU